GGUGCCCUAUCAUCAGCUCACAUUUCAAGGAGCUGAUAGUUGUCCAAGUCACAAGUGAGAUAGCUGCUGCUGCUGUUAAAUUGUAACUAGUGGAAGACACCGGCAGCUCCUGUGCAGAGCAUUAUACGGGGAGAGCCCUCAUCCAGUGCCUGAGUGACCUUCUAACAAGAACGUGAAAUGUGCUAUGGAACUAGUUUCAGGGGAAGAUGAAUAUCUGUGCCAGAGACAAAAGUAUUGUGUGGACCGGCCCAUAUACACACAGGAAUAUUUGCAAGAACAUUUACAUUUGAGGAAGAAAGAGCCAACGUCAUUUCUCCAUAAAGUGGGCCAAUCUUGCCGAUGUACUGCCAAAAAAGCCAAAUCUCAACUAUGCAGCUUUCUUCCUAUUUUGAAAUGGCUCCCACGUUAUCCUGUAAAGGAGUACCUUAUAGGAGACGUAGUGUCAGGACUGAGUACAGGAGUCAUGCAGUUACCUCAAGGUUUAGCCUAUGCCUUGCUGGCAGCAGUGCCACCUGUGUUUGGGUUAUAUUCUUCGUUCUACCCAGUGUUCUUAUACACGUUCUUUGGUACAUCAAGACACAUAUCAAUAGGUACAUUUGCUGUCAUCAGUCUGAUGAUUGGGGGAGUUGCUAUUCGAUUAGCCCCAGAUGAAAAGUUCGAUAUAGUAGAAGCCAAUAUCACAAACAGCACAGAGUUUUUACAGAACAUUGAAGCAAGAGAUGCAAUGCGAGUGAAAGUAGCUGUGGCCAUCACAUUACUUUGUGGUCUAAUACAGAUGUGCCUAGGCAUACUUAGAUUUGGCUUUGUAGCCAUCUACCUGACUGAACCUUUGGUACGAGGAUUCACAACAGCAGCAGCAGUUCAUGUCUUCGCCUCUCAGCUAAAAUACCUCUUGGGAAUUAAAACUAAAAAAAGAUACAGCGGAUUUCUAGCGGUGAUAUAUAGUUUAUUUGCUGUAUUGUCCAAUAUUACAGCAACCAAUAUUGCCACCCUGAUUGUCGGCAUUAUAUGCAUUGUCUUACUGCUGGCGGCCAAGGAAAUCAAUGACCGAUUUAAAAAGAAAUUGCCAGUUCCAAUUCCCAUGGAAAUAAUUGUUGUAAUAAUCUCCACUGGAGUUUCAGCUGCACUUAACCUGAAAAAGUCCUAUGAAGUAGAUGUGGUCGGCAGUAUCCCAACUGGGUUUCGUCCCCCAGAUUUCCCAGAUGUUAGCAUCUUCUCUGCAGUUUUUGUGGAUGCAGUGGCUAUAGCAAUUGUUGGAUUUUCCAUGACCAUUUCAAUGGCCAAAAUAUUUGCACUUAAACAUGGAUAUGCAGUUAGUGGAAAUCAGGAACUCAUUGCGCUAGGAUUGUGUAAUUCUGUGGGCUCUUUUUUUCAUACAUUUGUGGUGACUUGCUCAAUGUCCCGUAGUUUGGUCCAGGAGAGCACCGGGGGUAAUACACAGAUUGCAGGUCUGUUGUCCUCUUUUUUGGUGCUGUUGGUCAUAUUGUUCAUUGGAUACCUCUUUGAACCAUUGCCCCAGACAGUUUUAGCAGCUAUAGUGAUGGUGAACCUAAAAGGAAUGUUCAAGCAGUUUGCAGAUAUCCCACAUUUAUGGAGAACAAGCAGGCUAGAACUGGCAAUUUGGGUGGUGUCAUUUUUGGCCUCAGUUUCCCUUGGUCUUGACUACGGUCUGCUUGUUGCAGUGGCAUUUGCCAUGAUAACAGUCAUCUACCGCACACAAAGUUCAAAGUACAGAAUUCUUGGACAGGUUCCAAAUACGGAUAUCUAUUGUGAUAUAGAAGAGUAUGAAGAGAUUAAAGAAUUUCCUGGGAUAAAGAUAUUCCAAGCCAACACUUCUUUGUACUUUGCCAACAGCGAUCUCUAUGUCUCUGCCCUGAGGAAAAAGACUGGAAUUGACCCUGGUGCAAUAUUAAUUGCAAAGAAAAAGGCCCAGAAGAGACAUGCCAAAGAAGUGAAAAAAUCGACUAAAAAUCAAAGAAGAGCCGUUUUAAAGCUUACUAACGAUGUGGAGAUGGCUGUGAAACAUGAAUUAAUAAAUGAGGAGUCAGCCACAGACUCAGGAAAUGUGAAAAAUGGGUCAGCGGACAGAAAUCUACAUAGUUCACCUUCUGAAGAGUUCGAGUAUUUCAUGAGUCCAGUCAUCAACACCCAUACAGUAAUUCUGGACUUCACACCUGUCAACUUUAUAGAUUCUGUGGGAGUGAAAACGCUAAAAUCUCUAAUCAAAGAAUACAAGGAAAUUGGUGUUGACAUCCUCUUAUCUGGUUGUAGUGGACUGGUUGUAGAAGACUUGAGCAAGCUGAAUUUCUUUGACAAGUCUAUAAGAAGAAAUAUCCUGUUCCACAGUAUUCAUGAUGCUGUGAUCCACUGCAGAUUUCUAGCAUCCUCAUUGGCUCUUGCCUCUUCUGAAGAGCAGGUCCUCAGCUCAGAUACACCAAGCCAGAUCUGAUCUUUCCUUUCACCAAAGGAGAAUGGUGCAAUAACUCUUUUCAGAUGUUGCCUCUGAUUUCGAUCUACACACGCAGCAUUGAGAUAGAACAAAACCCUGCAUUUUCCUACACAUACAGAGACCUCCCUUUGUUUGUUACAGUGCUUUCAGCCUAUCCUCUUUAGGCUUAUGCGCAAUGAAACAUACAUUGAAUAAUUGUGAGAGAUUAGGUAAUCUGAGUCUGGAGAAUUUAUUGUAAAUGCUUUAAUCAGUGCAUAGGCUUUCAUGUUAGGUGUGGAAAUAGCCUUUUUUCUUGCUUUAUAGCUAUAAAGGGGAGAGGGAGAAACUCAAACCUCUAAAUGGCAUAAAUACCUUUUAUCCACAAGAGCUGCCUUUAGAUAAAACAGUAGCUGGGACCAGUAUAAAGGAAUCGGAUAUUGAAUUAUCUGAGAUGAGGUGCUUAAUUACUGCUGGAUGUCAAAUUCCACCUCGUUGUUUUCUAGACAGGGUAAUUGUUUUUAUUAAUGGUAUUACCUAAGCCUCCGUUCACACUAGCAUCAUGGCAUCUGUUUAUACCGGCUGGAUUUCUUCAGGUCAAUUUGGUUAACAUCCUGACUGAUUCUGUUACCUUAUAAUGGGUUCAUCAGGUUUAUGGCAUCUAUUUAAUAGAUAAAUUAGAGCAGCAUGCUAUGCUGUGAACAGAAGAUUGUAAAAUGUCAUCUCAUAAGUGUUUUAUUAAAGAAGCACGCCCGCAAUUUUUUUUAUUUUCGGACCUGUUAGAAAGGUACACGAUGUAAUCUUCUUACCAGUGACUGUAUUUGUGAAUUAUAACCUCCCUUCUGAUUCUCAGCUCUGUCAUGUGACCAACAAUCUGGCUCUCCAAAUAACAUGGCAUCUUAUGUGUGGACAGGGAGUCAGUUUCUCUAUGUAUUCCUAUGAGAGCCUCAAUGUCAGUCUCAUAGGAAAGAAUAGAGAAGUUCCUGACUUCCUGUCCUGUCAGUUGGAGAUCAGAGUGCUGGUCACAUGACACAGCUGAGGAUCAGAAGGAAGUGGAUAACUCGCAAAUGCAGUCACUGAUCCGAAGAUUACUUUGACUACAGAUUACAUAAUGUACCUUUUUAACAGGUGGGAGAAUAUAUGUUUUUGUGCAAGUGCUACUUUAAUUAGUGCGGGCUUUUAUAGUUAUCCUAUUCUUAACAAAGUAGAAAAACAUUAGAAUAUUAUAUAAAAGUCUUAUCUUGUAUAAUUGUAUUCUAGUCUUCAAGCUGUUAUAGGUACCUUGGUUUUUUGAAUCAGUGUUGUAUGUCUCAGAGCACAUGAUCACUUUAACUCGGUAGGUGACACAGGAAUCUACAAGGAGGCUGGAAUUAUAUCAUUAGACACGUGACUGUUACUGUAUAGAGGGUAGUUCAGAAAACCUGCCUUAUCCAUGCUGUGACUCAACACAUUUAGGGCCAGUUCACAUGGAGGAAUUUGGCGUUGGAAUUUUCUCACGUCAAAAUUCCAGCUUCAGCCGCAUGGUGUCAGCCUCCUGCCAUUUACAGGGGGAGUCAGCACUACAGUUUGCGGGUCGGCAGUUUAACCCCUUAGUGACCAAGCACAUUUUACUUGUAUGAGGUCUUAUUUUUUGCAGGGCAAGUUAUAGUUUUUAAUGCACAAUUUUAAGUACAUGUAAUGAUUGAUUAAAGCAAGCUGUUUAGCUAAGACCCCCUUUGUUUACGUCAGUAAAAACACGUAUGGGUGGUCACUAAGGGGUUAAAGCUGCCACUGUGCCAAGAAGGGACAUGUCCUUUCUUGGCGUGGUGGGUGGACAGACGCUACUGGGCUGCGAUCGGUGUUUGCUUACAGUGUAGCUUCAUACUGUGGAGUUAAGCAGCGAGCGCAUAAAAAAAAAAUAUAUAUAUACUUCUGUUUACUUACCCUAUACAUAAGUGAUGCAAUCUUGUAUUAAAUUCAAUUGCAAAUUUAUAAUGAAUGUUCAUAAGCCAAUCAGAAAUAAUUUUCUAGAUUAUUCUCAAUUUUACCUAUGCAGUAAUUCAGGAGAUACAUUAAAGCGUCCCUCUGGUUUAAGAAAAAAAAAAUCACAUUAACUAAGGAACACAGAACACUUAUAAUGACCUAUUUUUCAUCUGUGGCUCCACCGAUUAGGGGCUUGCUUCUCUUCUACCAUCCAAGAUGGCUGCACUGCUUCUCAGGCUACAUGAUGCAUACUGUGCAUUUGAUAGUUGAAGACACUUCCUGAUUAUGUUUGCAGAGCAGAGCUGUAAGAGCAGGAAAAUUCUUGGACUACUGAUACACAGUAUGCAUCAGGUAGCCUGAGAAGCAGUGCUGCCAUCUUGGGUGACAAAACAGGAGCCUGGGACAAGAAGAAAAGAGAUCACCCUGUAUCCUCAGUUAAUGUUUAAGUUUUUUUUUUUUUUCCCUGAACUUGAGGGUUUCUUUAAAGAGUAAGUAAACUUUUAAUGAUUUUUUUUUUUUUAUGUCUGUAAUAAUACUUUUUCUAAUGUAUUUUUACUAGAGAUAUUCCCCCCCCCCCCAAAGCACAGAUUUCCUGCGCGCUUUCAAUUCACUAUUCUCCACAUCACUGACUUCUCAGCGGUGUACGGAGUCCACAGUUUAUGAAUGGGGCCACAGUGCAGGGAGUACGGGCAGGAGCGCACAUUCCUAUUUGUCUGUGCCCCCAGAGGUUUACUAAAUGCUGGCAUAGCACAUGGGAACCCUGUAACCAUGUACUAUGCCAGGAUUAGCUGAGUAAAGCGGGUGCCUGCUUCGCUAAGCUCUUAGCUUAGUGCACAGCCAGCAUUUGGUAAACCUCUGGGGGGAACACAGGUAGGAGCAGCAAUGUGUGCUCCUGCCUGUACUCAUUGAUACAGUGCACAGUUCGUACUCCAUACCCUGCUGAGAAGUCAGCGAUGUGGAGAAUAGUGAAUUUAAAGUGCGCAGGAAAUCUGCGCUUUGGGGGGGAAUAUCUUUGGUAAAAAUACAAAAUCAAUAAAUAAAAUACAUAAAAAUUAUUAGGGCAUUAGGGACAUUUAAAAAAAAAUAAAAAAUAAAAUUUAGAAGUUUAGUUACUCUUUAAAGGGGCUGUCUGCUUUGGACAGUCCCUACUGGUCAGAACGGUGCUUUGACAAUAUGCUGAUCACAAAUCAAACCAGCCAGAAUGUAUGAAUCAGUGCAAUAAACAGACCAAUAUACAACUAUAUAGACUGACAAAUAUACCUCUAUAGAAAACACAAUAGAGAAUAUAAAAUAACUUAAACACACAAUGUACACAAAUCUUUUUACAUGGGUGUGUGCACCAUGAUACUCCCCCAUCUCUACCCCCCCUCAAAAAACAGAUAAUAUGGAACAUACUCCUAUAGUACCUACACAAUAAAAGACAAAUAUGACAUCAAUGAGCGGCAUAGAAAAGGGGUAUAAUUUUCCCUGUAGUGCCACCACAGGAGAACUUCCUAUUCAAAUCAAUGUGCUGCCUAAGUAAUACAGGACACAUCCUAUCUCCACUCUGGGCAAGAGCUGAAGAUUGUUAACAGGGGACCCCCUCUAUUAACUCAGAAUUCUGUAAUAGGGCAUAUGAAAGGUUCACAACACUGAUCACCUAAAAGUAUAUUUUAUUAACACUUGAAAACAUGUAUUUUAUUUUAUUGCUACCCCAAACCUAAUCAUUUUGGUGAAACACCAUUUCCAAACAGUACUCCCUGCUGGGCCCAGGCUUACACAUGGAAUGGGUAGCUAGAAGCUACAAGCUAAUGGUAACUACAGUUGUGUUUAAAAUAAUAGCAGUCAGACAUCACUUACCUGAUCAAUCACUGUAAACGUGCAACAUCUUGAUUCCAGACCAACAAGAUUGACAUUAUGGAGUGGACAGCCCAAUCCCCUGAACCUUAAGCCAAUAGAAAACUUGUCGGGUGACCUCAAAAAUGCUGUUUUUGAGUCAAAACCAAGAAAUAGAAAAGAAUGUAGUCCAAUCAUCCUGGGCUGGAAUACCUGUUCACAGGUGCCAGAAGUUGGUUGACUCCAUGCAACACAGAUGUACAGCAGUUCUCAGAAACAGUGGUUA